AUAUUUUCAUCAAACAGAUACGCGCUGUUGGGGGCCAGCGGAUGUGGCAAGACAACCCUGUUGUCCUGUAUCGUCGGAUUACGUUAUCUCGACAGUGGAGCGGUGUGUGUCUUGGGGGGAUCUCCGGGCAGUAUGGGCUGCGGAAUUCCAGGGCCUCGGGUGGGUUAUAUGCUGCAGGAUACCUCUUUAGUCGAACAAUUUUCUACGAGCGAUGCUCUUUAUUACUUCGGCAGGAUCAAUGGGCUUGACGAUAAAGAGAUCGAAACGAGACAUAGGUUUUUCUCGGAAUUGUUCCAACUGCCUCCAGCAAAUCAGUUGGUGAAGAACAUGAGUGGAGGUCAACGAAGGAGGGUUUCCUUUGUCGCAGCAUUGAUGCAUAAGCCCGAACUUCUAAUUCUCGAUGAACCCACCGUAGGUUUGGACCCAAUUUUGAGAGAAAAGCAAGUAGAAUUGGCUCCUUUUUUUUAG